AUGUCUGGAGGAGUGGUUUACAAGGACCUGCUCCCCAUUCCCGCAGAGGAUCCUCGUGAGGUGCAUGGCACAACACCCACCCUGACAGAUGAACCGACUGAAAGCCAUGCGUUAGCCGUGGAGGCUGCAAAGAACCCUGAGCUUGCUGGGGCAGCUCAGAUGCCUCAUGGAGAAGAAGUGAUCGACCUGGGCUGGAAUGAACCUAAAGAGAAGGUGGAGGCGCCACUGGUUGGAGGAUUGGGCAACGAGGAUCUAUGGCUGCUGGUUCGACGGUUCAACAAGCAAAUGUAUCAUGUGAAAGAGAUUCCAAACCCACCUCCAGGUGGACUUGAUCUCAACAUUGCAGACGAAGAAGAAUUCUCCCCCGACAAAUUGAGGAGCAACAUCGAGCGUCUCUACAUGACUAUCGGCCUUGGCCUAAUGGGCUUCGGAAAGCAUAUCAUGCGGCUGCGAUCAUGGCGCGAGACUCGGCGCACGUCCUGGUUUUGCGCUGCGUACUUUGCCGCUUGGUUCCUCGAUCUACUGGUCCCUGUCCUCUCUCUCACUGCCGUGGCACUCAUUGCCUAUCCACCAAUACGUCCUAUUAUGUUCCCACCGGCCCCCAUCGCUUUGGUCUCCGCUAAGACUGGAGGUAUCCAGAAGCCAAAGUCUGGCACCUUGGGCAGUCAUGAUAGUGCCACUGGCGCCCCUGAGAAUCACAAGGGCGAAGCUGUUGAGCAGGAGGCGAGUAACUUCGUUUCCGGAGUCGCUUCUAUAGCACUGUCCAGCGCGACCGGAAAGCAUCCUCAAGGUGAACCACCAGCAGGAGAUGACUCUUCGGCAGAUGCUGUUCCGGACCCGACUUCAAUCGCAAUUGGCGCUGCUGAUGCGAAGGACAAAGCUGCCGGUGGCAUUCCUACAAAGAAGCAUGACAAGACGAAAGUACCUAUGGAGACUGCCAUGUGGAGCAAGAUGCGGCCGAUCAUGCAUGGUAUCGCUGAUGCAACCGACACUUGGGAGCGUUUCGCAAAUGCACUCUCACCUACGCCCCCCUUUCCCCAAGACCGAUAUCGCAUCCGCUUAGCUGCUGUCCUCGCACCCAUUGUUUUCCUGUCUCUCUUCAUCACAUCCUACAUGUUCAUGAAAGGUCUCACCUUCGGUGUGGGCUUCGGUUUCUUUGGCGAUCCUAUCAUCUUGCCAGCAGCCAGGUACUUGAACCGGGAGUUCCCUAAUUGGCAGAAACUCCUAGAGCUCCGCAACACCCUUCUCAAAGGUGUCCCAACCAACGCCCAGCUAACCAUUACUCUCCUCCGUAUCGGUGAAGCAAACAAGGCACCUCUCCCACCUCCCCCUCACAUCGCCGAACCACCCCCAGACAAGCCCGCGGAUAUCAGCGAAGAGGAACUCCGCGCCACCGGCGCCGACUACCCGCUCAAUGCCACCCAAGAGGAGCUCGACGAAGCCAUGACGCACGACCCGACCACCGCCCACGAGACGGCAGGUCCCGACAUUGACUCCGCAAAGAAUCAAAAGCACGGCAAAAAGGGCACUAAGAUCCUUAACUUCUUUAAGGGCACUGUCAAAGGCGGCGUCGAAACUACCAUCGGCGCUGACAAGGUCAAAGCCAAGGUCGGCGACAUGCAUGCGAAGAACCGUCUCGGUGCCGUUCAGAAGCCUGACGAGAAUCUCAAGUCUGGUCCUGUCGAGUUCAAAGCGAGAUACCACGGCCACAAGGGACACGUGUACAUUACGACGAAGGCUACCAUCCCCUGCGUUGCGUUCUCCACAGACAGCACGAUCGAGAAGGUCGGUACGGAACAGAGAGAGGACUUGCAUCCUCAGUGGAGCAUUCCCAUCGGCGAGAUCAGCGAGAUGCGUAAGGUCGGCGGAUAUGGCUGGAAGGCUAAGCUUGUCGUCGGCUGGGCGAUGGGCAGGGAGGUUGCGGACGGCUUGGAAAUUGUGUUGAAGGACAAGCCUCGGAUGCCGGGGGAGAAGACCACGAAGCCUGGCGAGCCGAUCAAGUAUAAAGUGACUGCUGUGCCGCUGCGAGACGAGCUCUUCAAUCGGCUGGUGAGUAUGGGUGGGCAGAAGUGGGAGUGCUGGUAA